AAGCGAAUAAAUUUUUUAAACGAGAUCGAUGCACGUACGAGCCUAUUGUAUUUACUGAUAAAGUAAAUAGUCCAUGAGUCAUUAAAACGACAAACGAUAAAAUGUCAAUAGUCAAAAGAAUUAUAAUAACGGCAUUUGCUUUGUUAUCAUUUGCCUUAGUGAAUUCAAUUAGCAAAGAAUGUAAGAUCAAUAAUAAAAGUGUAACGUGUCAUUGUAACGGAAAUCAGGAAUUUUUUCUACUACAAGAAUACAAUUACAAGAACGUGACCAGUCUAAGCUUAUCCUCGUGCUCGACAGCAAAUCUUGAUACCAGUUUUACAGAAUCUGAUAAAAUCAAGGAACUCGUGGUUAAAAACAUCAGCGAACUUCUUAAAUUAAAUGUGUUUCUUUAUACGGAUCAAUUGAAACGAUUCGAAUUGACGAAUAUUAAGAAAAUACCCUACGUCAAACACGACAUAUUUUUGAAUAUAAAAAGCAUUGAACAUUUCGAAAUGCAAAACGUUCACGUAGAUUAUUUCGAGGAACAAUUCAUAAGUAUUAAAGUAAAUCACUUUGUUAUGGCAAACGUUACGAUAUCGAAUAUGGAAGGAUUCAAUUUUUCGGAAAAGGGUGAAACGUUACAAAUAAGCGACUGCGAGUUUCGAAAUGUCUCGACGUUAUUAUUAAACUUUGGACAUUUCUCUAAAGUGGAGAUCGUUAAUUCGAAAUUUGAGUUGCAGAAACCAGGACAGCUGUUGAUUGAAAGCAAUGAGGCAAUCGUUCGUGAUAAUAUUUUUUUUAACGUUAGCAUGAAUUUAGUUGCAGCUAACAACGUAACGAUAAAUAACAUCUGUGCCGAUGGUAAAAGUUCUCUCAGACUUUCCUCGAAUAAGAUCGAAAGUUUUGAUAACAAGUUACCGACCGCUAUCAUUUACACGAAAGGCCAAACGUCGUACUACGUUUCAGAAAACAACAAUACCAUUUGCAUAGCAGGUAAUUGCAAGUGUCCGAAAAGCAACGGACAGAAUGCAAACCGACCGAUUAUGGUCGUAUUUUUCUUUGAGAUAAUCUUACUUUUGAUAACAUGUCCGAUAAUUCGAUCAUAACUCAUUACAUUUGUACAUCUAUA